AUGGAAAUACCAAGCUUUCGCAGAGCCCGCAACGGGGACCAGGUGCUCAGGGCCACCCCCGAGGCCCAGAGCAUCCCCAAACCCCUGCCAGGAGCCCGGGUCCUGACGGCGGAGGAGGUGGAGGCCGAGGCGCGCGCCCACGUCGUCUCCCAGGGGGGAGACCCCGGUACGGCCCGGCUGGUGCUGAGCCAGCACCGGCUGCAGUUUGGGAAGUACUGGGGUCGUUCCUUCAAGUGGCUGUUGGAGAACGACGUGGGCUACACCCUCCCGCUCCUCAACUCCCAUCUGAGGGAGCGGGAGAGGACCAGCUCCCAGUCCGCCCUGAGUCCAACAAGGAGAAGACCGGGCGUGGGCGGCCAGGCUGGGGUCUGCCACGGCCACGUCAUCGGCCGUGGCCAGCACCAGCAGCGACCCCACCUACUCUGCCGUCCGGCCCCCGUGCCAGCCCAGGAAAAAGGGGCUCCUGGGCUCGGUCGUCUCUCAGUACCUGAGGCAGCCGACCACUCUGAGUCCCCAGGCGCUGCAGGCCAACAUGCUCAGGGUCAUCAAGCCUGCAGCAGCACCAGGUCUGGAGGGUCAUGCAGAGUGCCACAGAGGAUGCUGAGAGCAACACAGAGCCCUUGCUGGACUACCCCUCUCUUUAGCUGGACAGCUUCUCUUCAGCCCUGACCCCAUGUGUAACAAGACGGCUUCAUGCAGAGGCCUGCUCAACAAGAGUGCCACAGAGCAUGCUGAGAGCAACAGCAGAGGAUGCCCCGGGCAUUCCAGCACUGCCUCUCGAAUGGGCGCGUAGUCCUGAGGUACGUCUGCCUUUGUGCUCGUUGGCCACGUUUGUGACCCAGGCGGCCGUGUUGGCAGCGGUACCGGCGACAGGACAUCGAAGGUGUACACUGUCAGCAACCAUUCGGGUGUGGGCCAGAUACCAGGGCCAAGGGCCCAAGGCCAGAAAGUGCUCACACCCUGGCUGAGCUGGUUAAGGGAGUGCUGCUGCAGGCGGCCACUGUAGGAGAGCAGAGGUUGCUCCCGUCCCUCUGCUGCUGCGGUGCGGUUCUCGUUCCACCUCACCAGUCCAUCCAGGAGGAAUGCCUGAAAGUGCAGGGCGUUUGCCCUCGUGCCUAAAGGAGGAAGAGAAAAAAAGACGAUC